AUGUUUUUGCGGAAAUUCUGGAACGAAUGGACGCUGCAAGAGAAUGCGAGGCGCAUGAAGAUCACCGUAUUGCCGUCUGGGACGAAGAAGGUACAUCUGAGGAGCCCCAGCGAGCUGGACGAGAUGGAGAAGCAGGAAAAACGGCGGCGGAAGGAGGAGGAGCGCCAGAAGCAGCAUCCAGUUAUGGUGAACAUUCCGGGC